UGCAACGCAAGCCCAGACCAACAAGCCAAGCAGCUCUCACAGCUGCAGCCUGCACAGCCAUGGCGACGACCACCGCCGCGCCGGGCCUCGCCGUCGCCGCAACCGAUCCCGUCCGCUCCUUCCUCUCCUCCACCGCCGCCUCGGGAGACCUCGACGCCGACCUCCGGGAGCUCGCGUCCGCGCUCUCCUCGGAGCCCGACGUCCCCUACCGCUCCCUCCGCGCCAUCUGGUGCGCCGCCUCGCCAGACGCCCGCCCGCCCCUCCGAAGCCUCCUCCGGGGCGCCGAAUUCGUUCUUCCCAGCCCCAAGCCUCGCGAGAAGAGCGAUGAGCUCAAGGCUAGGCUGGAGAAGCUCCGGGAGAUGCAGGAGAGGAAGGAGUACGCCGAGCUCGUCAGGGACGUCGCGCCGCCCAGCAGGGACGACAGCCCCGAGCCCUUCUCAUCCUACAAGGAUCAGAUCGGAUUCGGUCUGCAUGUUGUUGUUAUAAUGUUUACAGGUUAUUUGGUUGGAUUUGCCAUGUUCAAAGCUCUGUUCAACAAUAGCCCUGUACUGAAUGCUGCUGGAGGUAUCUUAGGAGUAGUCGGUGGCAUGCUGGUGGAGACCGUCCUUUUCAUCAUCAGAUCAUCAAGUAAAGAGUUGGCGUCCUCUGUUCCAAAAUCAAAGAAAGUUCAGUAGGCACUUGAAGUGCCCUGGUUAGUUGGUGGGGGAAUGGUGAUAGGCCUUACCUUCUGAAGCUUAUGGAGCAUUUGUUUGAGUUCAAAAGAUGCAAGUUCUGGAAUAGAUGCAGUUGACAUCCCGUUUGAGUUUGUAUAAGAAGGAAUAGGACAGAGGGAUGCAAUUUAGUGAUCUAGUAGUUUGUACCUCGCCCAGUGACUGGCGCGCUAAUCAUUGAAGAGCAUGCUCCUAUGUUGCAUCUGCAUAUAUGUAAAUGUAAAAACUACAUACAGGAGUCUGGUAUGUUUGAUUAUAUGAUUGAAGAGUAUAUUGGAUCAUUAUUUUUUAGUUACA